AUGUGCUCAAGGCCUUUCUGUAAACGGAGAAUCCCAGAAGUCCAGCAACUAAUAGCCACGUAUCGAGGAGGGGACUCGUUCGUCGUGCUGACCGACAAGGAUACGCAAAAGCUACACGAUUUGGCGAGCCGCAGUUCGGAUGGGAGUGAUGCCUUGGCACUCCAAUAUCUUCUUCAAAACUACAAAGAUGUGGCGGAACCGUCGGUGAAGAGAGCGGAUACUUGGAUGCCAGUGGUGGGGCUAGUGGCGGCAUUGCUCGUGUUCCUGCUCAUCCUCGCCAUCCUCAUCGCGCUCUUCAUGUCGCGUUUCUGUUGCUGUUGUUAUAAGAAUAAGAAGGAAGUCUACCAAGUAAACACGAUCCCAACAUACAAAACGAUUGAACCCCUCUAUGUUGCCGCGCCGACACACCCAAAUGAGCGUUUCCCGGGACAUUUGAACGACACGAUCUACAGUACGCCAUACUCUGGAUCCCCUCUACCGUACCCCCCACCGCCAGGCACCUCGCGACCAAUCACCCCUUCUACUCUAUCCCGACAACACCGCAUGCCACCCAGCGGAUUUACGCAUCAGCACAACAUCUCCGACCCGGUCACCCCAAAAACGCAACGCCGCAAGGAUCGUGGCGAAGUCGCCGAAAAGAAGUCAUCACAACCGGUCAGCCCGACCGGCGUGAAGUCACACUCCGAGCCGGCUUCGGCCCGCGCUCAGCGCAGGAUAAAUCGCGGGGAAUUGGGCCCGAAGCACGAGGUUGGAACGGAUCCGAUGCCUCGGAGAAUCGAUGCCAGGGCUCUGGAGACCGAUCAAAGACCAUUGGCGGCGAUGGCCGAGCCGAAAAUGGGCACAUUGCCUGGCAGACCAGCAUCGUCGGUAGCCGGAGACUCGGCGACGUACGCCCUUCCUCCGGAAUCCAUCUACUCUGCCAGCACACUACCGCAUCCGGCGCAUCGCGACGCGUAUCUACCGCCGAUCCAUGAGGCUUACGGCACCAUCCCGCGCCCAUGGAUCUCGCCACCUCACCGAAACCCCGAUGCGGCCACGAUGAGGUCGUCGCUGAUGAGCGACGGCGAUCUCUCCUUCCUCGACCCAAAUCGAAAACUCGAAGUCCAGACCAAAGAAGACUUUAUUUAC